AUAAUGACCAUUCUGCGGCCAUGGACAAUGUCGGCUGCGGUGCUUCUGGCUCUGUUGGCUUACCUUGGGGCUCUGGUCGAGGGCUACCCCUCCAAACCCGAGGCCCCAAGUGGGAACGCCUCACCUGAGGAGCUCAGUCGCUACUACGCCUCCCUUCGGCAUUAUCUCAAUUUGGUCACCAGGCAGCGGUGA